AUGCACGAUCCAUUAGUUGCCAAAGCAGGCACCACUGACUCCUCUGGGCUGAGCAAGGCAGGGGCCGCCCCAGCCGGGCACCCCCGGCAGCCUGGGGCGCGGGGCCCGGCGGGGUGCCCGGAGCUCGCCUUCUCCGCGGGGCCGUGCCGCCCCCUCCCGGGGGGCGGCGGGCCCGGCCCGGCCUCGCCCGCCCUCAGGGCGCUUCCCCCGGCGGAGCCGUCGGAGGGGGCGCCGGCGGCCUCGCAGCGUCGGAAGCGGACCAGCUUCACGGCGGCGCAGCUGGAGACGCUGGAGCUGGUGUUCCAGGACACCAUGUACCCCGACAUCUACCUGCGGGAGAAACUGGCCGACGCUACGCAGAUCCCCGAGUCCCGCAUCCAGGUGAGGGGCGCCGGCUGUGCCGCGCCCGCCGCCGCGCCGGGGCCGCCGCGCGCCCCGGAGCGGCCCCGCUGCGCCCUCUCCGGGGUGGCCCGGACGGAGGACGGCUCGGCCCCCUACGCGUGGCCGCCGGCCGCCGGCUUCCCCCCCGGCCCCGGCUUCGAGGGCUUCCCGCCCGGCCAGCCCGGCGGGGCCGAGCCCGGCCCGUUCGCGGGGAGCGCCGCCGGCCCCUUCCCGCCGGCCCGCGCCUUCUGCGGGCAGUACUCGCCCGUGUCGGACGCCGAGGACACCAGCGGCUACUCGGAGUCGGGCUCGGAGUGGGAGGAGAACGCGCUCGGCCCCUUCCGCGCCCUCUGAGCGCCGCCGCGGCGGGACCGGCCGGGCCGGCUCAAGGCUC